GCCCCCAGUGCUGCUGGCAGUGCUGGCCGCAGCUAGCCGGGACAUUCGGAGACUUAGAGGUCAGCCGCCGCCGCUGCAGUUUGGCGCCCAACAUGGGGCAUGUCCGAGGAGAUCACCGGACCCCGCGGACGAGGAUCCUAGAGCCAUCGGGCUCAACCCGCUGGACUUCUAGACAGUUCCUCUUCUGGCCGUCAAGCUACCCCAGGGUGAGCAGACCCACUGUGGUGGGUGGCGCUCCCCGGGGACCGGGACCGGCAGCUCCCUGCACCCAGGAGUCGGUCCCACCACAGGAGUCACCUUCCCUGGACUCUCGUUGGACCUCCUGGUGACCUGCGGUGCCACGGCCAGUCCUCACGACCACCUCGAGGACAGUACCCUUUCGGCUGCAGUUGACGGAGCCGCUCCACCUCAGCAAUUCUGACAUCCAGUUGGUCUCCGUCAGCCCGGAGUGCCCAGCCCAAGAAAGCCCGAGAAUGCCCGUCCCCAGAAUUACCAUCAGGUUGAUCAUCCUCUGGAGCUUCCUCAUGAUCGCGAGCCCGUGAAUUGUCCCCCAACCCAGACAAAACGUCUGGAGAAUGCUUGCCGGCGCCCUCGGCCAGGAUCACUUGUGCCUCACCACCGCAUCGGCAGCAGACCCCUUGUUGACCUGCCUUGUGGGGAUCCCGCUCCCUCCAGAUGAGUUUCCUGAACCCCUUUACUCCUACCUCGAACCCCUCUCCCAAAAUAAAGUCUUCCGCCCCUCUAGUCCCAACCCUAAUUUGAUCUGGAGGAGGCUAAUGUUCAAAUUGAAUAUAUCAAAAUCUGAACCUAUUGAAUUUAAACUGCUCGGCUCCGCAUCGGCUCGUUUGUGUAUUGAGUUUUUCCCCUUCCCCGGCCGCGACGAAAGAUCUUUCACACCUGUCAUAGAACCUAAUCAGAACUACGCGGCGGGGAAUUGGUGUUCCGUUACCUCCCAUAUUACCACCUCCCUUAGCCUUGAUGAUAAACCCAGAGCCCUCCCUAAUGGUGUAUUUCUUAUUUGCGGAGACCGGGCAUGGGCAGGCAUCCCCUCUCGCCUUAUAGGAGGCCCGUGUACUUUUGGGCGGCUGACGCUGUUUGCGCCUAACAACUCCCAAAUUAAGGAUUGGAAGGAGAAAAUAGUCGCACACAAUUCAGCCCGCAUAACAAGAGACCUGAAAGACUUAGAUGAACAGUGCGACUCCAAAAUUGUACAUUGGUCUAAGCCAGAAGGUGUCGCAUGGACAGUUUUUCUUCCGUGGGUGUCCAUUGCGAAGUCUCUAGGUGAAUUGGCCCACCUAGAGUGUUGGGUAGCCAAACAAGCAAAUUUGACCUCAGCCGCUUUGAGUGACCUCCUAUCAGACGAGGAAAUAACAAGGCAGGCGACCCUUCAGAACAGAGCAGCAAUAGACUUUCUAUUGCUGCUCCAUGACCAUCGAUGCAAAGAGUUUGAGGGGCUCUGCUGUCUCAACUUAACAUCAAAAACCGAGGAUGCCAGAAGCUCCAUAUACAAAAUGAAAGGGAUGAUCAACGAUAUUAAAGAAAGAACAUCGGACUGGUUGGGGGACCUUUUUACGGGAUGGGGACUCUCGGGCUGGGUGGCCUCUGUUUUAAAGACUGUUGUUUUGGUUCUGUUUGUUCUGUUAGUUAUCUUGAUUUCCAUCUCCAUCAUAUGGAGAAUUCUAAAGAGACUUAUUCUUAAGUUAAUUUCGUCUGAGGAGGUCAACCGAGUGGUGGUCGAAGAAGGAGUUUCAGACGAAGAUGAAGAAGGAAGUUCGGAAGGAGAAGAAUACCAGAUGGAAGACCACCCUUGGUCAGGAGACCUCCCAGAGGACAGCUUUUAA